CCUUUGAUGAAAUUGAUUUUCCUCGAUUUUAAUGUACCUGUUUUUUGCAUUGCAUGUAUUACACAUUUUUAAAGAAAGUGUUUCUACAAGGUAAACAAAAAAAAAAGAAUCAUUUUCUAAACUUUUUGAAAAAACUUGAGUUGAAUCAUCUUGACUUGGCUGUAUUUUUGACUGAAACACCCCGAUGGCAUUUCACCACAAGUCCCCGGCCACCGCGAAUCCUAUGACUUGCAAUUUUUCCUGAAACGAAGGUUUUUAAAUGGUGUGAUUUUAUCGGCCGCUAGCCGUGACAGUGCCCCCGUAACCCCAAACACCGAAGGAAACCGUAAAGUUGACUGUGUCAGUAUAAUUCUCCGUGUAAUCUUCAGUGGUUAAGAACUCCCGAAUCAGAAAAACAAACUGGGGUUACGUAAUCGACUAAAAACUCAAACAAGAAAAUGUAAAAAGUUCGAUAAAUAGAUAACUCUUGGUCAUUUGUAACCUUGGCCAAAUUUUGGCGACUCGUGUACAGAGAAGCCUGAACUCCUCUUAAAAAAAGCUAGGACUGAAAGCCUAAAAUCAAAAUCCAAUGGCUCCUUUUCAAGCUCUAAUACACAAUAGUUCCACUUCAAUCAUUAUCUGCAUCUGGAUAACAAAGUCAUUUCAUCUGACGCUGAGGGCUUGUGAAAGAUUCCUAACAAAUUUGUUCUUGGCGCACAAAUUUGCAAAAUGGUAAUUACUGUUUGGCCUGAUUUGUGUGUGUGUGGUUUCAAGGAAGCCCGUCUUUACAUAACCCGUGCUAGUCUUGGCUAACCUCAUAGUCACGGUCGUAUAAAUACAUGAGAAGGACCAAAGUCCAAGCUGUUAUCAUAGUUUAAAGAUUAUCAACUCAACAUUCCGAAUAUAUACUCCACCCUACGACAGCAUCACUCCAUUAAUGACUCCAGCGCUCACUUUAGCAGUUUAAUGAGAACAAUAACACCUCUCGAGACAGUUUUGACACGCUGGGAAUUUAUGGCACGGUAGGAAAUUACUGGGAAAACUCAGUGGCAGUUUACAAAGAUAACAGCACAAGAACUCAGGAAGGUGAGAUGAUUGCUUAUAGACAAAGCAGUUUAACACUUUUAAACGCAAUCUUACAGUGACAAUUUGUCUUUGUUUGAAUUACAUCAUGCCUCAUUUUAAAAAGCAAGACAUGCGUAAAAAUGGUGAUGUACUUGUAUAAAUGACAUGAGGGUUGCAUCUCGUGAAAUUGAAAACGGAGAAAAUGCCUGAAGCUAAAACAUGCCAUAUUGAAGAAUAAUGAACCAUAUUUCACAAACUGCAUUGACCUUUUAAACAUUGUUAUAAAGUCUAUGAUGAUCAAUUAACUUCAAAUGAAACGUUGAAUUUUUAAAGUUUUUUUGGUAGUUGUGUUGCAUUAUAAACGUUAAUCGAUUGGGAUGACCUGUUUAUAAAUGUAUUGAAUUUCCUCCGACAGUAAGUUGCUGUUUGACCGAGCGUGUCAAAAUGAGCAGUCCGGACGGCCCUACAAUGUCCCCGCCUCGACCCCGGGUGGAGUCCAACUUGGCGGUCAACCGGCUCCGGUCUGAGAGUAGACGGUCCCGGGCUCCCAGCGUGCUGGACAGAAUGGCCGAGAAGAUAGGUGCCGAUAUGACUUUGGCUGCCGAGUACUACGAACCGGCACAGGGGACUGCGGUGCCAGAGCCGGAUCCGCUUCCAGAAAUCGAUCAAGAAUCGGGCAAGAAACUCUCCAGAAAGCAAAGGCGAAAACUACAGAAGGAACUGACGAUGAAAGAGACAGGAGAGUCGGCUAAGGAAUACGACUCGCGAUGGACGUCCAUCUACAUUGUCUUCCUCUGCGUCUUCUUGUCAGGAACCGGUCAGUAAAGACAAUCAACCUCCACCAAUU